AUGAGCACUGCCACCACCAAUACCACGACAUAUCUGACCGGUUUACGUCUCCUCACCUUGGACGAUGCCGCUAAGGCCGCCCGCACCCUUUACCAGCUGUUCCGCAACGAUGCGUUGGCGCUGUUAUUGAUGAAUGACAUCCAGGACCCCCAGCUCCGCCAGGCAGCGGAAACUAAGAUGUACGAGUGUUACGUGCGUCAGCACAUCCUCAAAGGGGUGUGUUUAGGUGUCGGUGAAGAUGCCAGCACGUUUGAGACGGUAGCGAUCUUUGCGACUCCCACCUCAGAAGAUGAAGGGAUGUUCUCCUUCGCCACGAUGAUGGAACUGAAAUACAACGAGUUGUGGGACAUGGUACCGCCUGCCACCAGAGAGAAGUUCUUCUCCGGGUUGGUGCCGUUGUUGCACGACCUGUGUGAACGAAUUUUGCAUGAACCCCGCUUCCGCAACAAGCACUGCUGGACACUUGUCUACGUGGGCCUGGUGGAGCGUCUGAGAGGCAAAGGUAACUUGCGCAAAGUGUUUUCUUACAUGUUUGACCGUUACAUCGACAACGAUCCCGACCUGAUCUGCUAUUUGGAACUGCUGAGUCCAGUGAACAUCCCUAUCUACGAGAGAUUCAACUUUCACUUGGUAGAAAACAUCGUUCUCGGCAACAAGUUUGACGGGGCCGUGGAGGGUAAGGACUUCGCGGUGAUGAACGUGAUGAUCAGAGGUAACAAGGGCCGGGAGUGGCGCGACACCACCAAGCUUUAA